AUGGCUGCAUACAGACUUCCACCCAUCACAACGCUCCCUUCCCUCCCAACGGCCGAACUCGCGACGAUCCUCGACCACCUUUUCGAGCCGAGCGUGCCGCUUCACACCCUCUCUGUUGACUUACUACGGGAUCAACCCUUCUCUUCCUAUGACGACUUGGUUGCGAGCAUUGGAGUGCAGCUCACACAUCUGGCCGAGUCAUCCUCUACAAGCGACUCUAAAUGGUUGGAAAGCAUACUGGGAGCCCAUCCGAGGUUGGGUGAGAAAAAAAUAGACAGCACACAGAGCAAGGCGGAACAGGCACAGUUGGCACUGGACGCUGAGACUGGUCAAGAUAAGCUGUCGGAGUUGAAUUCCCUAUAUGAGCGGACGUUUCCAGGGCUGAGAUAUGUCGUUUUUGUCAAUGGAAGAGAUCGUUCAACAAUACUGGAGGACAUGCAGGCUCGCAUUGAUCGAGAGAACAUCGACCUCGAGCGAACUGAUGCGAUCAAGGCAAUGUGUGAGAUCGCCGCGGACCGAGCCCGCAAGCUGGCUUCUUGA